UGCCGGCACUCGCGGAGCCACCUCGGCUGAAUAUCCUUUUGAAGAAAUUAUCCUUGUUGCAGUCGAAUUUUUUCCGAUUACCCCUAACUCGGUCAUUCAAAAUUCAAACCCAAUCCGGCCUCAUCUUGACUAUAAAAAAAAAUGA